CAACACAAAUGCCCUCACAUCAUAGCCGAAUGCGUCAACCACACGGUAACCAGCUAGGGGCAUCUCACCAGCACCAACCCCGCCGUGCACUCGGCCUACAGCAACAGGAUUCCCGACAAGAGACGGAGGAGCGGACGCAACCUGGAAGGUCCUUCAUCCAGAGCCAUGGGGUUCACACACCUCGCUGUGCUGCUGCCUGUCAUCGCCGUCCAGCUGGUUUCAGGUAUGAGCUUCAUGACUCCUGAGCCUGAGACGCCACCAACUUCCAGCCCGGACUCGUACCCGCUGGGCGACCUGAUCCACGCCGCCCUGCAGAGUAAGGAGUAUUUGGGACGCGCUGCUGCAGGCUCAGGUACCACCACCAACCCGACCCAGGCCGUGCCGGGGCUGGGCCAGACCGAGCCCACAGCGACGGCCAUAUCACCAGGCCUCCUCACCACGGCUCUGAGCCCCUCUCCUGCUGCCAGCCAGACCGGGGGAAGGAACACCAUGUCUUCAGUGGCCAUAGAGGAGGAGACAACCACCACUCUGAUCACCACCACCACCAUCACCACCAUGCACAUGCCAGUGCAGUGCAACGCCACCUUUUCAGCGAUGGAGGAUGUUGUCGAGUCACCGGAUCCUGCAGCGUCGCCAUCUUUUUCUCCUCUGGAAUGCACCUACAGCAUCACCGUGUAUUCAGGCUACGGGGUGGAGAUUGAGGUGAGGAAAGCCAACCUCUCUAAGGACGAGUCCCUGAUGAUCAUGAGCUACGGGGGCUCAGGACCGGAGCUGUUAGCCAAUGAGACCCUGAUGAAGGAGGGUCAGGUGAUUCGCAGCACGACCAAUCAGGUGUACAUUCACUAUCGCAGCCUCCGACAGACCAACCACGGCGUGUUCAGCCUCCACUAUCAAGCCUUCGUGCUGUCCUGUCCCUUCCCUCUGUCUCCGGAGGGCGGCGGCGUCACCGUGAUGGACAUCCACCCUGGAGGUCAGGCUCACUUCCACUGUAACCCCGGUUUCCAGAUCCGUGGCCACGAGGUGGCGACGUGUGUGAACACCACGCAGCCCCGCUGGAGCACGCCGGAGCCUCAGUGUGUCGCCGUGUCCUGUGGAUGCUGGAUCCGUAACGCCACCGUGGGCCGGAUCCUGUCUCCGUCCGUCAGUAACCACAGCAACGGAAACAAUCUGAGCUGCCACUGGUUAAUCGAAGCCAAAGAGGGACACAGGCUCCACCUGCACUUUGAGAGGAUUGCUCUGGAUGAAGACGACGAUAAGUUCGUCGUGCGCAGCGGGAACAGCUCCCUGUCUCGGAAGCUGUUCGACUCGGACCAGGAUGACGUCCCUGAACGUGGGCUCCUGAGUGACGGCUCCACGCUGUACCUGGAGCUCACCGCCGACUCCUCCUCCAUCCCUCUGCCGCUGGCGCUGCGAUAUGAGGCGUUCGAUGAUGAGCACUGCUGGGAGCCCUACCUGCCGCAUGGAAACUUCAGCAGCAGCGACAUCUCCUACCAGCUGGGCACCGUCGUCACCUUCACCUGUUCCCCCGGCUUCGUCAUGGAACAAGGUUCAGGGACCAUCGAGUGCGUCGACUCCAUCAACCCCCACUGGAACGACAGCGAGCCGGUGUGCAGGGCUCUGUGUGGGGGGGAGCUGACCGAGUCCUCGGGGACGAUCCUGACCCCCGACUGGCCCCAGAGCUACUCCAAAGGUCUGGACUGUGUGUGGCAGAUCCACGGGAACGAGGAGAAGCGCAUCGAGCUGGACGUCCAGAUCUUAAACAUCCGCCUCACCGAUGUGCUGACCAUCUACGACGGCCGUGACCUCAUGUCCCACGUGAUCGGCCAGUACCUGGGCUCCAGGGAGCGUUUCCAGGUGGUGUCGGGGGGGUCGGAGGUCACCAUCCAGUUUCAGAGCGAUCCGGAUGAUUCCAGUUUCAUGCUGAGUCAGGGAUUCCUCAUCCACUACCGCGAGGUGGAGCCCAACACCUGCCCCCCCCUCCCUCAGAUCGAGUUCGGCUGGAUCAGCUCCGCCCACUCGUCCCCCGUCAGAGGCAGCGUGUUGACCUAUCAGUGCCAACCGGGAUAUAACAUCAGCGGCACCGACAUCAUCACCUGCCAGUGGGACCUUCGCUGGAGCAGCAGCCCCCCCACCUGCGUCAAAUUCCAGCAGUGCCCUGAUCCAGGAGACAUUGUGAACGGAGCGCGCUCAGUUCGCCCAGAGGCCGGUUUCGCGGUGGGGACGGUGGUCCGUUUCUCCUGUAACCAGGGUUACCAGCUGGAGGGUCCCAUGCAGAUCUCCUGCCACGGGCGGGACACCGGGACCCCCAAGUGGAGCGACCGCAGCCCCAAGUGUGUCUUGAAAUACGACCCCUGCCCGAACCCGGGGGUCCCCGACAACGGCUACCAGACCCUGUACAAGCACAGCUACCAGGCCGGGGAGACGCUGCGCUUCUUCUGCUACGAGGGAUACGAGCUCAUCGGGGAGGUCAUCAUCAGCUGUGUCCCCGGGCAUCCGUCUCAGUGGAACAGCCCCCCGCCCUUCUGCAAAGUUGCAUACGAGGAGCUUAUGGAGGAUCACAAACUAGAGGUGUCUCAGCCGUUCGAGCCGUCCCAUCAGAUCCUGAGUGAGAACAUCGCGUUGGCCAUAAUCCUCCCGAUCAUCCUGGUCAUUCUCCUGAUCGGAGGAAUUUACAUGUACUACACAAACAUAUGCAGACUAGAGUGGAAGCCUCUGUUCUGGAAGUCUCUGUCCCACACACACUCCUACAGCCCCAUCACAGUCGAGUCCGACUUCAACAACCCUCUUUAUGAAGCAGGGGACACGCGGGAGUAUGAAGUAUCUAUUUAAAGAGUGAGAAUUAGGAGCCGCAGGAAAAUCCUUUGUGAAGACACGUCCCGAGUAUCGUGGGGCCGAAAAACACGAUUUUGUAUUUGUUUUUUGUUUUUUCUGAGUUUGGAUUCUGUUUUGCCGCCCCUCUUUUUUUCCUGGUUUAUGAGUCAUUGAAGUGCUUUACUUUGAUUCGUUGCACUGAUGCGGUGUUUUGCCAAAUGUGGGUCCAACUCUCUGCGUGGUUUAGGACCGGUGCCUUAUGAAGGAGAAAUAAUUGGCAGAAAUAAUUGUUUAGAGAAGAAAAGCAGAGAAGGAGAAGAUGAAGGGAACUGGAUUAAUUUAAUGAGUUAAAUCAUUACGAGGCCAAAACAUUAGAGAACCUGGCAAUACUUCCACCAAUCGGACGUUAUACUCGUCUCUGUAUAACACACACACACACUGUUAAAAGAGUUGAUUUGAUUUUGUGUUAAAAUGAUUUUCUCUUCCUUAUGUUUUCUUUCUGUGUGUAACACGCACACACAAAUUGAAUGUAAAUAUCUGACUUAAUAUUGAGUGAGGCUGAUAUAUAUAUACUUAAUUAUAUAUAAGCCUCAUAUACAGUAUAUAUACACACACUUAUACGUGGUGGCGGGAGGUUAUAUAUUUUCAUUAUAUACAUAUAAUGAAAAUUCAGUGCCAAAAUAUAAUGUUAAAUAACUUAAUGUCCAUAAGUGUUUCAUCAGCUGUUGAACUAGUGUUUCCAAAGGCAGUGUUUAUUUCCUUCUUUGCUGUUUCUCGAGUCCAUCGCCGCCCACCGUCACGCGUAGAAGAAGAAGAGGAGGUGAGGACAUGAAUGUCAUUAUGCUUAGAGCAUGCACUGAUUGUAAAUUAUAUUGCUUCUGCUCAGACCUAUUUAGCUUCUCAGUAUCUCUCCAUCGUCAUUCUAGUUACUGGCAGUUAUCAUUGUUAUCAGAUUUGAUGUUGUAUGCACUAUGUUGAUGAAAAAUUACCGACCUGGCUGCUUGUUGUGAUGCAUUAUGUACUUAUUUCCAACCGAUGGUCCGGGCGGAGGAUGUCGUCUCAUUGCCUCUGCCAGCUGAUGGAUCUUGGAGGCUGUUGCUUUGUAGACUUAAUUCUUCUCUUAUCAUCAGUAGCAUUUCUUUGCUUCAUAUAUGAAUACACACUUUUGAAGGCAGUGAAUUAUUUGCUGAAGUGGAAAUAAACUCUCUGUUGAAUGGUG